AUGGGGUCAGGCGAUCGGACGAAAACCGGCCAACCACCAGAUACAGAUGCUUAUCCCCCUACUCUCGCUCUUGUUCGUGACGCGACCAACCGCUCCCCACACUCGAUGCGCCCCGCUGCUGCUGCUGGCGCUUUCACUUCGUCAGGAAUCGGCGGCGACGAUGUUAGAAAGGGAUUUGAGAAAUCAUCCAUGAGGCUGCUUGGUGUCAAAAGGUUGGCGCCGAAGUCGAAAUAG